CUGUCCAAGGCUCAACUGAUGGAGGGUAUCUCUGUGAUUUACAUACCAUACCAUGGAGAUCCUACAGCCAAGGACAUCAGUCAAGCAAUAAAGACCAGCAUCAAGCAGCACCCUGCCUUCACUGGCUUCAUAUACACAGACCCCAGGGGUGGCCACGUCCUCCCCCAGACCACUGACUGGCUGUCUGCUGGUGCUGUGCCCCAGCGUUACCUCAUCACUCUGGGCUUUAGGAGGAGAGAGGAUGGCAUCUUCCUCAAGAAGAUGUACUCAAGGAUCUGGCCCUCUCUUCCAGAUUCAGGAGGAAAAGGAGCAGUGCUCAGUCCCAAACAGCAACAGAAGGAAGAGGUGGAAACUCAGAAGAUACGUGACAUGUACGAGAAGAUCCUGCCCAUCCUGGAUCUGAUGCAAACCACCCAGAUUAAUGCAGGUGUGUGUGUGGGCUCCGGUCUGAUUGAGUGGCUUCAGUAUGGCAGCCUGCUGCUUAAAUUGGGCUACCACAGAGAGCACAGCACCAUCCUGCACUGCUGCCAGGCUCAGCUCACCACCGCUCCCUACCUGCCACAGAUCAGCACACAGCAAGAAAACACACCGCUGCUGCAGGCUCUACUGACAGACAUCAUGGAUGAACUGGGAAGACGGAGGACUAGCACUGAACGUGUCUGGAAUAAAAUGCUCAAGGUUGGUUGGCUGGAGGAUCGAAUUCACUUAGUGGAGAAAAAAUACCUCGACAUAAAAGCUAGGAGGCAUCAGUGCAGACAGAUGACUAAGGACAAGGCCAAAGUAAAGAAGAGAUCCAACAUCUCCAGGGAAUUAUUUCCAACCCCUUCUGCUGAACACACUGUAGCUAAGCAAAUCUCACCUUCAGCUGAAAACCUGCUGGUGCCAAGACACCCUGAUCAGCACAACAUGAAGCAGCCAAUAAGAGCUGCUUAUCUUGAGGGAAAAUUCCUCUAGCUAUGUCAUUGAAAGUAAUACAUUUGAUCAGAAUCGGCAAAUAAAAAGCUCACCAGCAGUGUCUUAACUUACGGGACUGUAUAAAGU